AUGUGUGGCAUCAUCGCAUAUAUCAACUUUCUGUGUGACAGAAAAAGAUCCGAAGUCAUCGAGAUCCUGCUCAGUGGCUUGGCACGCCUUGAAUAUCGAGGCUAUGACUCUUCAGGACUUGUUGUCGACGGUGACAAGCCCGACCGUAGCGAGGUUCUCAUCUACAAGCAAGUGGGCAAGGUGGCGGCGCUUCGCAAGCAUGUCGAAGACGAGCUGGCAACGUCUGCUACUGCCUCCAAAAGCUUCAUGUCGCACGUAGGCAUGGCACAUACUCGUUGGGCAACACAUGGCCCACCCACAAAUGUCAAUUCACAUCCACAACGUUCCGAUGUGCAGGGCCAAUUUACCGUUGUGCACAACGGCAUCAUCACCAACUACAAGGAAAUCAAGACAUUGUUGGAAAAAAAAGGUUACAUGUUCGAAUCGCAGACAGAUACCGAAUGCGUGGCCAAAUUGGCCCUCUACAUUUGGGAUCAGCAGCGCGACGCAGGCAAGGCGCCACCUUCCUUCACCUCUUUGGUGAAGGCAGUCAUAAAGGAGUUAGAGGGUGCCUUUGCAUUGAUUUUCAAGUCAACUUAUUACCCAACAGAGACUGUGGCUUGCCGCCGUGGAUCACCGCUUCUUGUGGGCGUCAAAACCGAAAAGAAGCUUAAAGUUGACUUUGUGGACGUCGAAUUUGGCGCAGGUACGCUUGGGGAGGGAUUGAUGAGCCCCCCGCCAGUUCUUGGUGCAGACCGCCUUCGUCGCACUGCUAGCCGCGCGUUCUUGACCGAAGAUGGGGAACCACAGCCCAUCGAAUACUUUAUUGCUUCAGAUCCCUCUGCAGUCAUUGAGCAUACCAAACGCGUACUCUAUUUGGAAGAUGACGACAUUGCGCACAUUGCAGACGGUGAGCUGCACAUUCAUCGACUGCGCCGCGAAGAUGGCACCUCCUCUAUCCGCGCGAUUCAAACGCUAGAGAUGGAGCUAGCAGAAAUCAUGAAGGGCUCCUUUGACCACUUUAUGCAGAAAGAAAUUUUUGAGCAGCCAGAGUCUGUCGUCAACACAAUGCGUGGGCGUGUUAAUUUCGACCGCCAUGCAGUAACGUUGGGAGGUCUACGCGCCUAUCUGCCCACCAUGAGACGCUCGCGCCGCUUGCUCUUCAUUGCUUGCGGAACUUCAUAUCACUCUAGCGUAGCCACACGCGCCAUCUUUGAAGAGUUGACAGAAAUCCCAGUGGGCGUCGAAUUGGCCUCUGACUUUUUGGAUCGCCGCUGUCCAAUUUUCCGGGAUGACACAUGUAUCUUCAUUUCGCAGUCCGGUGAGACAGCGGAUACGAUUCUGGCGAUGCGCUACUGCGCUGAACGCGGAGCACUUUGUGUUGGUGUUACCAAUACCGUAGGAUCAACGCUUUCGCGCGAAACUACCUGUGGUGUCCACAUCAAUGCAGGACCGGAGAUCGGUGUUGCCUCUACCAAAGCGUACACUUCGCAGUUCAUCGCGCUAGUCAUGAUGGCAUUGACGCUUUCUGAGGAUCGCAUCAGCACGCGAAACAGGCACAAGGAGAUCAUUGACGGGCUUUUUGCGUUGCCAGCAGCCAUCAAGAGCGUGCUGGAAAGCGAUAGUGCCCUGCGUCUGCUAGCUAAGGAGACUUUAUUCCGAGAGCGUUCCUUGCUGAUCAUGGGUCGUGGAUAUCAGCAUGCCACGUGUCUAGAAGGUGCCCUCAAGAUCAAGGAAGUAUCUUACAUGCAUUCUGAGGGUAUCCUUGCUGGAGAGCUCAAGCACGGGCCUUUGGCGCUGGUUGACGAGUCUAUGCCGGUAAUUUUGAUUAUGACCAAGGACUCGAUCUAUCCAAAGGUGCAAUCAGCAUUGCAACAGGUGUCCGCCCGUAAGGGGCAGCCUAUUCUCAUCUGCAAUGAUGACGAUAAUAACAUUCCAGCUGAGCUGCGUACCAUCAAGGUGCCGCAGGUAGUUGACUGUUUGCAAGGCAUUGUCAAUGUGAUCCCGUUACAGUUGCUUUCCUAUCAUUUAGCGGUGCUCCACGGUGUUGAUGUGGACUUUCCGCGCAAUCUCGCCAAAUCGGUGACAGUUGAAUAA